UCAUCACUCUUGAUCCUCUCAAAUUCUUCACAAGUCCAAACCUUAUUAGCUUAAACAUUUCAUUAUCACCUUAACCCUUUACCUAAAUUACAUAAUUACCCUCUUAACUAUUCAACAUGGCUCCACCAUACUUAACCAAAAAUAAUGGUGCAUUAGAAGAAAUAGGAGAGGUUGUGGAUGGUGGUGGAAGUGAUAGUAGUAAGAAUGAAAAAGAAGCUUUGUGUAUAAAGUUAGAAGGAUCAAACUUUGUUGCAAAUGGAGAACCUUUUCUGCGGGAGGUUCCAUCCAACAUAGUAGCAACACGGUCGCCAUAUUCAUCGGAUGCAAACAACAACAACAUCGUUGGUUGCUUCGUGGGCUUUGAUGCCACCGAAUCUAGGUGCCGCCACGUGGCUCCACUUGGCAAGCUCAAAGACAUUAGGUUCAUGAGCAUAUUCAGGUUUAAGGUAUGGUGGACAACACAUUGGGUUGGAAGCAAUGGACACGAAGUGGAGCAUGAAACUCAGUUGUUAAUGUUGGACAAGAAUGACCACUAUGGUAGACCCUAUGUUCUCCUGCUUCCCAUUCUAGAAGGUUCCUUCCGAGCCUCACUUCAACCGGGUUUGGAUGAUUACGUGGACAUGUGCGUUGAGAGUGGAUCGACACGUGUCAGUGAAUCCACCUUCAGAAGGUGUUUGUAUAUUCAUGCUUCUCAUGACCCUUUCCGUUUGGUCAAAGAAGCCAUCAAGAUCAUACGCCUUCACUUGGGAACUUUCAAGCUCCUUGAAGAAAAAACUCCACCAGGUAUUGUGGACAAGUUUGGUUGGUGUACAUGGGAUGCCUUCUACUUGAAGGUACACCCUAAAGGGGUAUGGGAAGGUGUGAAAGGCCUUGUAGAGGGAGGGUGCCCUCCGGGUAUGGUCUUAAUCGACGACGGAUGGCAAUCAAUUUGUCACGACGACGAUCCAAUCACAGAUGAACAAGAAGGCAUGAACCGAACAUCGGCCGGCGAACAAAUGCCAUGUAGGCUGAUUAAAUUCGUAGAGAAUUCUAAAUUCAGGGACUACAAAGGAAUUGUAGACCCUGACCAGAAAGGGAUGGGUGCGUUUGUUAGGGACCUAAAGGAAGAAUUCAAGAGUGUGGAACAUGUUUACGUGUGGCAUGCGCUUUGUGGGUAUUGGGGUGGGAUAAGGCCCAAUGUGAAGGGAAUGCCUAUGUCUAAGGUUGUUGGUCCUAAGAUGUCACAAAGUUUGCAAAUGACAAUGGAGGAUCUUGCUGUGGAUAAAAUUGUGAAUAAUGGUGUUGGGUUGGUACCACCUCAUUUGGUGCAUCAAUUGUAUGAGGGACUUCACUCUCAUUUGGAAUCUGUGGGGAUUGAUGGGGUUAAGGUUGAUGUUAUACAUUUGCUUGAGAUGCUAUGCGAGGAAUACGGUGGUCGUGUGGAUCUUGCAAAAGCUUAUUACAAAGCACUUACAGAUUCUGUGAAGAAGCAUUUCAAAGGCAAUGGAGUCAUUGCUAGCAUGGAGCAUUGCAAUGACUUCUUCCUUUUGGGCACCCAAGCCAUUUCGCUAGGCCGAGUCGGAGAUGAUUUUUGGUGUACGGAUCCGACGGGCGACCCGAACGGCACAUACUGGCUACAAGGUUGUCACAUGGUACACUGUGCCUACAACAGCUUAUGGAUGGGGAAUUUCAUUCAGCCAGAUUGGGACAUGUUCCAAUCCACUCACCCCUGUGCUGAGUUCCAUGCUGCCUCAAGAGCCAUCUCUGGUGGACCAAUUUAUGUUAGUGAUUGUGUUUCCAACCAUAACUUCAAGUUGCUUAAGACUCUUGUUUUGCCUAACGGCUCUAUCUUGAGGUGCCAACAUUAUGCACUUCCUACUAGAGAUUGCUUGUUUAUGGAUCCAUUGCAUGAUGGCAAAACAAUGCUCAAGAUUUGGAACCUCAACAAGUACACUGGAGUGUUGGGACUAUUCAAUUGCCAAGGAGGAGGUUGGUGCCCUGUGACAAGAAGAAACAAGAGUGCCUGUGAAUUCUCAAACACAGUGACAUGCUUUGCAAGCCCCAAAGACAUUGAAUGGAACAAUGGUAAUAAUAAUUCUAAUGCUAAUAAUAAAAAACCAAUUUCCAUCAACGGUGUGGAAAUUUUUGCAGUUUAUCUCUUCAAGGAAAACAAAUUGAAGCUAAUGAAGAAUUCAGACAAAUUACAAGUUUCACUUGAACCAUUCAGCUUUGAACUAAUGACAGUUUCACCAGUUAGGGUGUUAUCAUCUUAUAAUUAUAAUGAUAAUAAUGAGAGGCUAAUUCAAUUUGCACCAAUUGGGUUAGUGAACAUGCUUAACUCCGGUGGUGCAAUUGAGUCACUUGUGUUUGAUGAUAAACAAAGCAGGGUCAAAAUUGGAAUAAAGGGUUGUGGGGAAAUGAGAGUGUUUGCAUCAAAGAAACCUAUUGUUUGUAAGAUUAAUGGGGUGGAUGUGGAAUUUGAUUAUGAGGAUAACAUGGUUAGGGUUCAUGUUCCAUGGCCUAUUCAUGAACCAAAAUUGUCAAUGCUUGAGUAUUUGUUUUGAUCCUUAUAAGAUUCAAUUGGGGAUCCUUUGAUGCAUUAAUUAAGGUGAAAAUUCAGGUGUAAUCAACUUUACGUGAAGUUGAUA